AUGAUACGAUACUACUUUAUGAUUACAAUUCCAAGAAGAAAACGAGAGUAUAAAUUAUCUGUUGAUUAUUUAGAAAAAAUGUUAGAAGCACUGCUGAAAUUUGAAAUGCUUGCUUUAAAUUAUUGUAGAAAAUCAAUGUUAAUAUCUGAAAAAAGUGAAAAAUAUUUUGAAUAUGCGUUAGUUCUUAGUAAUUUAGGUGUGAUCUGGUAUCAUAAGAAUGCUUAUGAUAAAGCAUUACAAUAUUGGGAACAGUCAGUUUCUCUAUGCAUAAGAGAAAAAUACAAAGAUAUUGCUGAUAAUUCUGAAUUAUUUGGAAAUAUUUGUCAGCAUUUUAACGAGAAAACACUAGCUUAUAAUUGUUAUGUUAAAGCAUUGAAACCUUUUACACGAUUUAAGCGUAGAGAAGAUAUGAAACGUGUUUAUACGUCAUUAAUGCUAAUUAAUAUGAAGUGA